AUGCUUACUUGUUCCCCACAACCACACACCCAUGACUUAAUUUCAGAAAAUUUAUUACAAAUAUUUGAAGAAAUGUCGACUUACAUACCAAGUUCAGAAAAUGCAAGAGAUUCCGCUCCAAUGCUCUACUUAAGAGAGCCUCUACAAGAUUCUUACUCAUCGGAAUCACCAAUUCUAGCCGGAAAUGUCAUGAUGUACAUGAACUUUUCAUCAGCUUCCACCGGAGGCGGAGAGUUUUCCGGUACUCUGGCCGGACCUUCCCAGCAGCCCAACAGCUGUACCGACAUUCCUAACAUCGGAGUCCAUGAUUCCAAUGUUGUCUCACAUCAAGAAUUCCUCUCAAGCAUGGGGGGAUCAUGGAGAGACGGUAGGAAUCACGAAAUGAUGUUAAUGGAUCAAAUGGGUAGUCGAAACUUGCAACAAGGGCAGGGACAGGGACAGGGACUAUCACUUACUCUCGGUUCGCAUAUUCAACCGACCGGAAUCCAAUUCCAUUCCGGUGAUUACAGGAACCCAAACAUAUUCUUCCGGCCGGAAUCCAGUUCCGUAAUAACUGGUUUUCACGGAAACAAUUUAGAUUCGAUCAAAACAGACGUUUCUCCGUAUGGAAUCGGAAAUGUUUCGAGGGGAAUCACCGAUUCCAAGUACCUAAAAUGCGCACAAGAAUUGCUCAAUGAAAUCGUUAACGUCGGAAAAGCUCUAAAACAACAAAACUCACGAAAGGAAUCCACCGAUGACUCGAAAGGAAUCGAUGAUGAAUCGAAGAACAUUAUUUCUCCAAAUCAAGAAUUAAACGAACUCUCAGCUAAUGAAAAACAAGAUUUGCAAAAUAAAACAACAAAAUUAAUCUCGAUGUUGGAUGAGGUUGAUAGAAGGUACAAGCAAUACUAUCAUCAAAUGCAGAUCGUUGUAUCUGCAUUUGAUGUGAUUGCUGGAUGUGGGGCCGCCAGGCCCUACACAUCACUUGCUUUGCAGACAAUUUCGUGCCAUUUUCGUUGUUUGAGGGACGUGAUAAAUAACCAAAUAAAAGCGGCUCAAAGAAGCCUCGGGGAGACUGAGUCCGUCGGAAACGGGAAAGGAAUUGGGAUUUCCAGACUUCGGUUUGUGGAUCAACAACUUAGGCAACAACGAGCUCUUCAACAGCUUGGAAUGAUACAACAACAUACUUGGAGACCACAACGAGGCCUUCCGGAAACUUCUGUGUCGGUUCUUCGUGCUUGGUUGUUUGAGCAUUUUCUUCAUCCGUAUCCUAAAGAUUCAGACAAAAUCAUGCUAGCAAGACAGACAGGUUUGACUAGAAGUCAGGUUUCAAACUGGUUUAUAAAUGCGAGAGUUCGUCUAUGGAAGCCGAUGGUGGAGGAAAUGUACAAAGAGGAAGCUGGAGAAGCCGGAAUGGAAUCAAACUCAUCAUCGGAAAUCGCACCCAAAAAUGCAAAAAGAGAUCGGAAUCCUUCCGAUGAUCAAGGAGAAACCGCAGCCUCCAAAUUAACAAAUCAAGCUCAUGACAUUGACAUGGUGGGAACAAGCAAUGAAUCAAAUUUCCAAAACAUGAUGGUUAACAGAGGUGAACACGGGCGGCUCAUGGCGGCGGCGUAUCAGAUUCCGGGAAGGUUUGGAAACGGAAAUGUAGGUGGUGGUGGUGGUGGUGUUGGUGUGGGUGGGGUGUCGCUCACAUUAGGGUUACAACACUGUGAAGAUGGUAGCUUACAACCAAUGGCUUCCAACCAUCAUCAUAGUUUCGGUGGUGGUGGUGGUGGUGGUGGUGGUGUGUAUGAUGCUGGCGGUGGUUCAUCGGUGGGGCCAGAGACGGUUGACUUUGACUGUGUGGAUUCAGGUAACCAACAACAAAGAUUUGGAUCGUCUCACUUGUUACAUGAUUUUGUAGCAUGAGAGUUAUUAAAAAAAAAAAUCUUCAUCUGUUAUGAAACAGGAACUAUAUACAUGUAUAAUUGUAAAG